AUGGAAGAAGUUCUUGAUGGGAAUGAUCUCCUUGAAGCUCAAUCUCAUGUAUGGAAUCAAAUCUUCAUCUUCACCAAAUCCAUGGCUCUCAAAUGUGCAGUUGAAUUAGGCAUACCAGACAUCAUCCAUAGCCAUGGCCCCAAACCUAUGCCCCUAUCUCAACUUGUUUCCGCCCUCCAACUCAACCCCGAAAAGACCCCUUACAUAUAUCGCUUAAUGCGCGUAUUAGUUCACUCUGGCUUCUUUCUAACACAAAAAUUAAGUGAACAAGAUGGUGAUCAAGAAGGAGAAAAUCAUGGAUAUGUGUUGACCAAUUCAUCUCGUCUUCUCGUUAAAACCAACCCUUUGACUCUAGCUCCUUUCUUGUUUUCUACUCUCCAACCACCUGUCUUCGAUUCGUGGAGCUCCCUCCCGAGUUGGUUGCAGAGCGAGGAUCGAACGUCAUCGCCAUUCGGAAGCUCUCACGGCGUGUCGUUUUGGGAGUAUAUGGGGAGGAUUAAGUCGACGGAGGGUGGUGCGAUUUUCGAUGCAUCCAUGGCAAGCGAUGCGAAGUUUGUGGUUCGUGUUUUGUUGGAGAAAUGUAAAGGUGUGUUUGAUGGAGUUGAGUCUUUGGUUGAUGUUGGAGGUGGGACUGGAAAUGUGACCAGAGGGAUUGCUCAAGCUUUUCCACAAAUUGAAUGUACUGUGUUUGAUCUUCCACAGGUUGUGGCUGAUUUGAAAGGGGAAGGGAACUUGAAAUUUGUUGGAGGGGACAUGUUUGGGGCUAUUCCUCCUGCUGAUGCACUUCUAUUGAAGUGGGUACUACAUGACUGGAGUGAUGAAGAAUGUGUGAAGAUUCUGAAGAAAUGCAAAGAAGCAAUCAAGGGAAAUGAGAAGAAAGGAAAAGUGAUGGUAAUUGAUAUGGUGGUGGGCAAUAACAAAACAGAUGAUUCCAUUGAAACUCAACUGUUCUUUGACAUGAUGGUGAUGCUAAUGGUUGGUGGAAAAGAGAGAGAUGAAAAAGAAUGGGCUCAUCUUAUUAAACAAGCUGGAUUUAGUGCCUACAAGAUACUUCCAAUUCUUGGUUUAAGGUCUCUUAUUGAAAUUUAUCCUUAACAAAUCUCUUUAAUUGCAUAUAACUUUUAAGUUUAGACAUAUGGAUUAUUGUGGUAAAAUAAGAGCUAUUUUAGAGCUAUAGUUAUUUGGGAAUUGUUGUAUUUUGAAAACUUGAAACAUGU